AUGACACGAACAGUUCAUACAUUCAGUCUUUUCAUACUCUUAUCAUUCUUGAUACUGCACUGUUCUUCCACGUUAGCUCAUUCGGAAAAACUGAAUGAAAAGAACCCAUGCAAGAGAUUGGUUCUCUACUACCACGACAUCCUUUUCAAUGGCACAAAUGCCUCUAAUGCAACGUCAGCUGCAACUGCAAACCAUACAAAGCUCGGAAAGUUUGACCAUGGAAUGCUUGUGGUCUUCGAUGACCCCAUGACCAAAGAUAAUCACCUCUUAUCUCCUGCUGUGGCUCGAGCCCAAGGGUUUUACUUCUACGAUAUGAAGACUACAUAUAAUGCCUGGUUUUCUUACACGUUGAUUUUCAAUUCUAGUGAGUAUAAAGGUACACUUAACAUUAUGGGUGCAGAUAUGAUGGGUGAGGAAACAAGGGAUCUUUCUGUUGUUGGUGGCACAGGUGAUUUCUUCAUGGCACGAGGGAUUGCUACUUUUCGUACUGAUUCUGUACAAGGUGAUUAUUAUUUUAGGCUUCAAAUGGAUAUCAAAUUAUAUGAGUGUUAUUAGAUCAGACGAUUCCUAUUGAUCAUAUAAAAAUAUUUAAAUGUUAAAGAGCUUUAGUAUGCAUGGUAGUGUUUCUUUUUCGAUCAUGAUGUCACAAUGUAAUAUAUUAUAAUUAUCUUUA